GACAUACCUGUGCGUGCGAGCGAGACGAUCACACCUAGUAUCAUAGCGAGCUUGUGACACGACGUACUGAACAGCGCUCUAAGCCUUAACAUUUAUUCCGAUGGAUUUUAAACAAAACCUGAUAAGUCCACUACGAGAAGUACAGUCAGUAUGGAGUAAUCUGGACUCGUACACGGUUAAAGUUCGAUACGGAAUUCCGACUUCCGCAUCUUAAACAUCCCGUCAUUGGCGAUACUUAUGAAAGUCUACACGCUGCACUUCGUCCCGGCGCAGCUGUUAGCGUGUUUCAUUGUUUUACCCUUGGAUAGGACCCAGACGUGUUAAGUGAUUUACGAUCCUUUUAUUAAAAUACAUCUCCGAUCAUAGGAUAUUUAUCGGAGAAAGUUUGUGGAAUUCCACAAGGAUUAUCAGUGUUGGGACCCUUGUGGUUUCCGUACAGGUGUUACCACAAGUUACCUGGCGCUGGAUCGAUACCCGUACGGCUUUAGUAUGUGACACCAGGUGGGAACUACCGUGUGCAAUGUUGAUCUUUGUUGACUACAGAUAUGACCAAGUACACUGCACGUGUAUGACAUCGAUUUUGCGGUUGUCCUGCAGAACGCGCGUGGGUGGCGUAGUAAGGACCUCACGGACGUUCAAGGCUGUGACAAUAGAAAGGGAUUAAUUCUGAAAUGGAAUUUUUAUUUCCGAGGAUAUAUAAGUUAUAAUUCAGUGUUGGAUCAUUACUGUGAGCCGAGGAUUGCCGAAGUGUACAACGUAAAUGAGAGAGAGAGCCACGGCGUCCCGUGGUCUUCCGAACGGAGGAACGAAACACGCGCCUAGAUGUGACUCGUAGUAUAUUCGGGAUUAUACCAGUUAUCAUUAUUUUGUGAUAUAUAACCAGAUUUUGGGAAUUAUUAUUUGUUUUAUUAAAUACGAGCUAGGGAGACUGUGUGUCCCUGGGGUGAUGGCCGCGCUUCCCGUGGGUGAGACCGGCGAGCCGACACCCCGGCGCUCUUGCGCUACCUGAUAUGAUUCCACAUAGACUGCUAACCAACACAGUUGUGAGAAGUCCUUGUUACUGUUCCAAUGGUCGUGAAAUGUUUUCUCCUUUGAUUGUGACACAGGCAAAGAGAACCAGCGAGUUUCUGUUCCUCGUGAUCUGUUUUGUGAUGCUGACAAGCCCCGUGUUGGCCUACCCGAGAAAACGCCCGCCGCCAACCAAGCUCAAUAACAUCACGGAAAUAACCGUGCCCCGUUGUCGUCCUGUCGACCCAGAUCAUCUGCGCUACCGAAUGGGCAGACACUACGACGAGUCGAGGAUGGCAAUGGACGAGGAGGAUAUGAAAAGAAGCACGUUACGAGAGCGUUCUAUAGAGGACGACGAUGAUUUCGAGAACGAUGAUGAUGAUGAAUUCGAUGAUUCUGUGGAUGAUUUCGACUCGAAUAUUGAUUCGAUUUCGAACACAAUGAUGAGUGAUGGUGGUUAUGGAAACUCACAAGACAGAACGGUUCAAACGCAGGACUCUGCGUAUUUAGAUUCUAUGAAAUUCAUGAGGAAGAGAAAACGACGAGCGGUUGUUGAGGAGGAGGAGGAGGACGAUGACGAUGACGAUUUCGACGAGGAUGUGACAUUUUACCAAAGAUUAAUGCAAUUAAAUGUAAGACAUAAGCGAGCGGGCCCCCGCAGUGGAAGGAGGCGAAAACAAAAACAAAAACUUAAAAGGAAAGACCACUUGUCAUGGAAGUGUAAGAUGAAAAAGAUAUGGAAUAAAACUAAACCAGGGUAUUUUCCCAAGUAUUAUAAUUCCGUGGAAUGUUUAACAAAAUUGUGUUAUUAUAAGUUAAACGAAUGCGUUGAGCAGGGAUACACAAUCAACUUGUUUAAGAUGGACCCUAAUCGUUGUAACCCGGUCCCUACAGUGGGGGUCAACACGACGUAUGAGGAGGUUUGGGUGUUCGAGAAACUACAUGUUAACGUUUGGUGCGAAUGUGGCAAUCCUAAAAACAAACGUAAGCGGAAAAACCGACGGAGACGGCCGAGGGACGUGUGAUAUUUAUAAACUAGGGAUUUUCCGUGACAGUGACGUGUUCUUGCGCAUGCGCCAACUGUGAUACAAUGGUGCCGCAACCCAAUGGAUUACUUUUAGCAGAGAUAUUUCUCUCGAAGGAGGUUCCAUUCCACCUGUUGCUACUAAGGACAGGCCUGGCUGACUCUGCGGCCUAUGUGUACUACCCAGAGUCCAUAUAUUUAUUACAUAUGUUAUGAAAUCCAGUGGGGGCCGGGGAUGGGGGGAGGGGACGACGUUGUGUAGCCAGUAAAUAUAGACCGCCCGUCGAGACAGGACUUGUGCACGGGCGGUGUCGUGAUAAGGAUGCGUGCAAUGAUCUAAAGACACAGACCCGUGCUUAUGUGUUGUGAUAUAUUAUUAAUUAUGAAUAUUAUAAUACUGCAUUUAUUGUUGUUAUUGGAUGAGCGUACUGCCAGUACUGUCAACAUUCCCUGUAACACAAGGCUCCGUGGCGGCGGACAUUCAAGCAAAAAGCAUGACAAGUGUGCGCGGGAGGCAGCGUCUCCCAGAAAUCCACAGGCAUUUCGUGCUAGCAGUACCAAGGUAGAUUUAUGUGUUCAGUAACGGACGCUGGUGUCCGUCUUGUGUGCACGUCUGGGCGAGUUAUUCGUCCGAUAUACAUUUAAGCACGCUAAAGACAGAAACACAAUCCAACGCGGAAAGACAACAUGGUCUUUCCAAACUUUUUAGUUUAACGCUACCAGUCAUUUAAGGAAGUUUAAGAAAAAAACACUGGACACUGACGAGACGACACAAAUGGCUUUACGAACCAUUGUAGUUGAUAUUUGCCAUAGUGAGUAGAACAUUUCGGGCUGGCAGCAGCACGUGCAUGCUGGUGCGCGGCGUGGUAGAGUGUUGUUCAUUGUAUGUAUGCGUCUGUUUGGGUGAGAGCUGUGUUAUCGUUAUGAAAGUGGUAUUUGUUAUGACUAUUUAAAUUAUUGUAAAAUUUCUACAAAACAUAAAAUAUAAUAUAAAAAACACUGAAAAAAAUUAUAU